CCUCUUGGAAGUCCGACCCUCGUCAGGCGGGGAUGCGAUUUUUGAUGUUCUGGAUGGCUUCCCCUAACAUCGCUGCCGGGUGCCUAGGGCGCAAGUGGAGCUCAGGCCCGAGUCCCUGACCGCAGCCCACAGCCCACAGCCCACAAAGUAUCGAAUUAGAAAACUGGUAACCGCCCUCAACACCAAAAAAAUUUUCUCUCAGCUCCUAAACUCUCCUCCUCUUUGUCAUUCUGUAACUAAGUCUGUUCAUUUUGAUCAACCGUCUACUGCAGGGUUGGUUCACUAGUUCUCGUAUUCGUCGUCGUCUCGUCCAUUCUUUAUCAUAUGGGGCAACUUCCUAGCAGAAUGAACAUAAACAUAUCAAUAUCACAGCGAGACUUUUUGAUCUUGAUGCAACUCUGCAAUCAUGUACCACAGAGAUGAUAUUCAGCGUUGACGUCACGACCACUGAGGAAAUGAACUGACAUCUUACGGAAAUAUAGCCUUAUAAAAAAACUACAACUUUUACUUUAUAUUGAUUUGAUCAUGAACAUGAUCGAGCAGGCUCUUGUCGGCUUGCUGGCCCAACCCAGUAAAGUCGGUGGCAGAUUGUCAAAGGGCCACUUAGAGGAGGAGGAUCUCCUCACGUUGAGAAAGACGGCCGCAGAAAUAAGUACUAGUGCCUCGUCGUCGAGCUACGGUUCUACUUCGAGCUUCAUCACCGUGCCAACAUUUUUACCAAGAUACCAUACCAAGGGCAGGAAUGCGGCAACAACGCCAUUCUCAUGUCCAGGCAACAGCCCUGAAAUAACAGAUGACAUGGCGUCGUCCACGCUCUCGUUUAUUUCGAAGAAGUCAAAUUUGAAGAUGAAGCAUGAAAAUUAUAGAACAACGUCUUCUUUCGCCUCGUCUGACAACGAUGCGGACGACAGUGGCGUCGAGGGUUUGCGUACGGAUCCGACGCGGAAAAAUACACAAGCUGUUUCAGCCCGAACGGGAAACGUUGUGAACGAUCGGGAGCCUGCGGGCCCAGAGCAAUUGAAAGAAGCUCAAGCGACGCCUUCUUUGGAAGCCGGAAACAUCGAGCGCAUGAACCGCAUCGUAGAAGCGCUAAAGGAACAAUUCCAAGUAUUGUUGACGCAGCCUCACAGUAUGGUUAAGGCUGUAGAUAAUGCAUCCUUGACGGCCUCCUUGAAGCGUAUGGCAGAGUAUUACAGGGCGAUAAUCUGUCAUACUUUUCAAGGAUGCAGCUAGAUGAAUUACGGAGAGGAGCGCUAAUAUGGACAAUAAAGGGGACGGCGGGGGGACAUCCUCGUUCUCUGGCGGUUCAGGCGGCUUUUCAGGAAUAACCGGAGCCGGAGGUGGAAAAGGUUCUCCAUUUUCUCACACGCUGUCGAUGGAGGGGAUACGAGAAUUGAAGAAGAAGGGAAAUGAAUUGGUAAAAGAAAGUGAGACGGAGUUGAAAGACGCACUGCAAAAGGUGAGCAAAGCAAUCAAGGCGAUGGACAAGCGCAUCGGGAACUUAGAUAAACAGAUUGAUAGAUUUAGUUGAACUAACUUCGAGGUCGUUAGAAUGUUGGAUGAAUGACCUGAUUUCUGGUGGUAAAGGAAAACAUGAUUUCCGCACGAAGGCUUUCAUUUCUCCAAGCACCUGAUGUACCUGUAGCUGGACAACCAU